AUCUAUUCGACGCCGUUUACUGUAUUCCUGUAAAGAGAACGGAAGAUGUGUGGUGGAUGUAAUGCGAAGAAACCAAUGCCAAGCCUGUCGACUGGAAAAGUGUCUUCGAGUAAACAUGAAUAGACAUGCUGUGCAGCACGAACGUCCGAAUGGGAAGGAGCGAUGGCAGGAUCCAGCUGAAGCUAGAACACCAAAUUUUAAAAAUGCGUAAGU